CUGUUAAGUUAUUUUAUAGCACAUAUUUUUAUCAAUAUUUGACGCACUGUGUUUCACUGCACGUGAUAGCAAUAUAGCUUAGUGUUGUAUGUUGUUUAAUCAUUUAUCAUUAUAAGUAAUUUUAAAAAUUGUGCAGAAAAUAUGGAGGUUCAAGAAACGCAUGGCUCUGAAGAAUCUCAGCAAAAGCUUAAACUCCGGAGAGAAGCGCGAAGGCGGAAGAUCCUCGAGAAUGCCAAGAAUAGGCUAGAAAAAUUGAAUAUGCGACAAAGUGGAGAGGGUGAUACUGAAAUUUUGAAGGAGUGUUCUAAUCAUCAACUACAACAAGAUAUUGAAUAUUCAGAUCCAGAAGUUGAACCUAAUAUUCCAGAACCCCAGCAUAUGCCUUUUCAACAGUUUGAUGAAAACUUUUUGAAAGGGUUUGAAAGCAGUUUAAACCGGCAAGAUACUCGCGAAAAAGAAAAUACUUUUAUUAAAUUCAAACUGCAUGUUAUAUUGGCUGUUACAGUAGCUUAUGUAGCAUCUGUAUUGCUAAACACAAGUGCAGGUACGAAAUUCUUCGCGGUUAUACCAGUUGCCUUGGUGAUUAUAUCAGAUCUCACAAUUUUCCGUCAGCAAAAUCAGCGUAGCCCUUUAAUUAAUAUGUUGGUUAUUUUUGGGAUUAGAUCUCAGGAAAUUGUGCAUGCAUUAGAUAUUGUCUCAAAUCUACAAAAUGUCUUGGCUGAUUUAUCAAUUUACAUUUUUUAUUUUUGUAUAGCCACAUGUGUUGGUAAUCAAUUUGUGCACUUAGCUGAUAUUAAAUAAAUGGAAAUAUUUAAAUUUUA